CUUCUUGAGGCCUGCCUCUCCGAUUCUCACAUGUGCUUCCUCUCCUCUUUUAAGGUGAUCCAGAAAUGAUCUCUCCAAGGUACAAAACCGUCAUCCAGGGUGAAGCCUCCGAGACCGACUCGGAGGAAGAAAUCAAUUGUUCGGCCUCCACUCGGCCUGCCUUUGGAAACCCUUCUGGAGUUCAAGUCACUGGGGAAGCCUCUGAGACAGACGAGGAAGACGAAGCCGGAAAUCUCGCUGGAUCGAAAACCGAGGCGACAUUGAUCACGCCGGAUUUACCACCCCUGAUCGUUUACAGGAACGAAGAUUCGGCGUCCCCCACGGCGGUCGAAGAGAAGCCUGCCCUUCACAUCAAACACCGGGGCCGAUAUAGCUCCCUCUUGCAGCAGAAGCUGGUGGAGAGUAACGCCCGUUUAUACUACGACAUCCACAACACCGUCAAACAGGUUUACCAAACUGCCAUCAAGGAGAUUGGAGCCAUUACUGGACAGCUGAGCAAUUCCCAAAACGGCAUCAUCAACGCUUCCCACAACAUACGGCUGGUUCUGGACGAUCUGCGGGCCGUGGCAGACAAAAUAGACAUUAUUAACAGCUGCAGUUUGUUACCAGAUAUCCCGAUAGAGGUGCCUUCGGUGCACACUUAAGAGAUGGACGGAUUGCUUCCUGCACACUGCUGUUCAAGAGAGUAAGGUUGGAUGGGACCCUACUUGUAGAGCUCAACAGAACACUGAAGGAGACCGAAAUUCUUGUCCAGUGUAAAGAAAUUUUUGCUGCCUGUUUGAUACUUAAAUCACAGUACGUCCUUUUACAAUCUGGCUCCAGCCCUUAAACUGUAGUAAAGGCUGAACGAAACAAAAUAAAACUGCUUUCACUGUUUUGGAGAGAAAGGGACGGUGCCAUUUCAAGAGAGCAUAUCUUCUCCUGGCUCAUAUCUUUAAAAAUGUAGACUUGGUUGCACAAGAUUGGAGGCACUUCCUGAGCGUGUAAAUGUAGCAUCACUUUGGACUCAUGAAAGUUUGUCCGAAGAUGCUAAACUGCCUUCAUUGAUACAUGUAGAUUAUUCAUUUGGAGGGAAUGUAUGAUUUGAACAGGACUAAGAAAAGUGAAAUAAUUAUUGAUUUAAUUCAUGGGACGGGGUGUGAAUCAAAGGAGUUGUAAUCUGUAGAUCUGGGUAAAACACAGCAAGCCCAAUGUUUGUGAAGAGGUGGUGUAGUAGUUGGUAUUGUUUGAGUCAAGUUGGCAUCAAUUCUUGAUGAGUUCGUAGAUAGACCUCCUCCCAUUCUCCAAAGGGGAUCUGUCCCUUCAGAUCUUCACACGGUGCCUCUGUUGCUGCUUUCACUCUUUAAACUUGGGGUCGCAGUGCAGUAGAAUGAAUUUUGAAAAUCUGCACUGCUGAUUCAUAAAAACAGAAUUCACAAGCCCUGUUUGAAGGUUUUGGUUCGCCCUCUUGUUGAUCUACGAUGGGUGGCAACAAGAAGCAUUGAUUGAUUGAUUGAUUGAUUUUUAAUACAUUAAUUUUUUUUUCAAGAUAUGAAAUACAAAAGAAAAUGAAAAUAGUGGGAAAUGGGGGAGGGAAAAAGCAAGAGAAAGAAGUGAAGGGUAAAAGUGGGGGAGAACAAAAAAAAGUACUUACAACUCUUUAGUGCAAUAAAAUAAGAUAAUAACA